AUGAAAAAUCAUAGAAAUAAAACCGUCAGAGACGUGACAAAGCUCUCUGGAAAACCCUUACCCGAGACGCUUGAGCCAUCGUCUAUUCUGCAAAACACACCCACCGAAGAAUGGGUGACAUCCAAAGACUUGAUAGAGGAUGGACUCACGUUCAGCCCGGAGGCUAUGAAAGAUCUAACCAUAUAUCUCCUGGGGAACAUUAACAUAAACUCCACACAUCUGUUCCGAGCAGAUAUUCUCUACGACAGCCAAGGUGUCUUGAGUACGCCCCAGCAGAAGGAACUGUCAUUUGCGCAGACGGGGAACACCAGCGUGGAAGCUACCGCGGACGCUGAAGACCGCGUAGAACCCAUCGCGGCGAAAGAAGUCGCCGGGUUCAACUUAAACAGAACGGUGGUCCGGAGGCUGAUUCCCAGAAACCCGAAGCUGGAUCGGCCGUUAGAGCAAACCUGUCACUUCUAUGAAGCGGACAUAGCCCCCAUCAGCGAUGGUGCUACUCAGCAAUCCCGGUUAAGGCGCUUCCUGGCCGUCUAUACGCCGCAUGUAGCGUCGAAGGAAGACAUUCCUUUCUAUCAUCCCCUGCUUCGCUCGUUGGCCUACCUGUAUGACUUUACCGACGACGCCACAGAGUCUACAGAAGCUGGAUCAGGCUCCGGAGCACUAUCGCUGCACUUCUUACCGUACCCAGAAGAAGCAAUCCCCAACCGCCUAGAACGGACUCUACACUCCCUACUGAAUACUCAGAUCCGACUCGCCCGCAACACACGCCCCUCAGAAACCUCCGAAGGAGGCAACUACAACCCCAGCAAAGACAACGUAAUCCCACAGCAUCUAGUCCAAAACACAUACUCCCGCCUCAAAUUCAAGUACGCUAAAGACCUCUGUAGAGACUGGGUCGAAGACACGGAACCAACAAAGCACGUCUUCGAGGACCUGGCAAUAACAGCCUUCCUCAUCGAGCUAUGGCGAAGCAUGUACGGAGCCGUCCCCGCCGAAGAGCGAAACGAAGACGGGACCGAAAAGUACGACCCGAACUUCCCCGGCUUCGUGGACGUUGCGUGCGGGAACGGCGUGCUCGUGUACGUCCUCCUCAUGGAAGGCUACCGGGGCUGGGGCUUUGACGCCCGUCGGCGCAAAACAUGGAAGAUCCUCCCCGAGUUCGUGCAGGCUCGACUCAAGGAGGAGAUCUAUAUCCCGAAGCCUUUUACCGACGCGUUGGUGGAGGCGGGCGGAGUGCCUGAUCUGGGCGUCGAGACGCAUGCAGGCUUGUUUGAGAAGGAUACAUUCAUUAUUUCGAACCAUGCUGAUGAGUUGACGGUCUGGACUCCCCUUAUGGCUACCCUUGCGUGUCCGGAGUCGCCGUUGCCGUUUAUUGCGAUUCCCUGUUGCUCGCAUGCGCUUUCAGGGGCGAAGUAUCGCUAUCCGCCGCCUAAGGUGUCGAAGUCUGACCCUGAUAAGAACUCGUCACAACAUGAAGACGUUGAUUCUGAACAACCGGCAACGGGCGACUUGAAGGCUCUCCGCAAGGCGAAACAAGAGGCCCAAACAGAUGUGGGCUUCAACAAAUCCAUGUACGGCUCCCUCACCAUGAAGACAAUAAGCGUUGCCGAGGAAAUCGGAUAUGAUGUAGAGAAGACGCUCCUUCGGAUCCCUAGUACCCGCAACAUGGGCGUAAUAGGCGGCCGCAAGCGAGUGACGAAGGAAUGGCGUGCACGGAACCAACAACAUACUUCUAGCUGCAACGGUGACGCUGUCAUUGGGUCGGCUCUUGACAAAGCGAUGGCAGCAGUUCAACGGGAAUGCCUGCGGGAUGGGGGCGUGGAAGGCGCUGCUAAUAUAUGGGCUGAGCGGGCCAAGGGCAUUCACAAAGGACAGGGAGCGGGCAACCAGCGAGGACAUUUAACUUAG